AUGAAGCUUUCAUGGUUCUCGGUGACUAUCCCAGAGUCGUCAAGGCAAUCACUUCAGCGCCGUCUAUCGUUAAAUUCCGCAAACCACGGCAUUGCCGGCUUAGUGAUUAACUACCGUGAACGAAACCUUGUCAACAAAACCCCCGGCAGAAACAGCCACCUACCGCUCCAGUCGCGACAUGUGUUUUACUCAAAUCACCGUUCCUUCUCAUCUCUUUCCAAAGAAGCUGCGACGAGCGCAGUAGAUGCUCCCGUUUCCGCGCGCUGGUGGACGGUUCCACCAGCUAAUGCUGUCCACCUUUCCAUUGGUUCCGUCUACGUCUACAGCAUGUGGACGCCAGGAAUGACGCAUUCGCUGGGAGUCGUCUCGGCCUCUGCCAUGGAUUGGUCCCACGCGCAAGUACUACCCGUAUUCUCGGCGUCCGCAAUCAUGCUGGGCUUGACCACCGGGUUAUUGGGCGAGUGGGUGGAAAAAGUGGGGCCACGGAAAGCGGGUGUUGUCGGCUCGGUGUUUUGGUCCGCCGCACUCGUCACGACGGCCGCGGGCGUACAUUUCCAUUCUAUUGAAAUGGUGUAUGCGGGAUGGGGUUUGAUGGGAGGAAUUGGUUGGGGACUUAUGUAUUUGGCACCCGUCACGACCGUGAUGAAAUGGUUUCCCGACCGGCGUGGAUUGGCUACCGGAAUUGCUCUCAGUGCGUUUGGAGCCGGGGCGGCAAUUGCACCGAUCAUAAUCCAGCCAUUGAUUGACAGCUUUGCGGUUAUGCCAGACUACAUUGGCCCACUUUCGGAGCUCUCGGACAGUCUUACUACCGAUCAAUAUGUCACAUUGAUUACGCUAAAAGAUGGAACCCAAGUCGUGGCGGAACAGUCGCUCAUAGGCACACCAGGCACUCCCGUAGUUGUGGCCACCGAUUUGGAAGUUUCCAAGCUUCCCAGCAUCAUCACCGGUCCCGGGGCGUAUGUGCUCGGAACGGGUGAUACCGGUGUCGCCAAGGCUAUGGGAAGUUUGGGCUUAUUUUAUGGAGCACUGGGAAUACUCGGUAGUCGUUUCAUGUCACUACCCCAUCCAGACUGGACGCCAACAAAGUCGAGUGAGGUCAGCAAGAGUACCUACUCAAGUAAAUCUUCUUCUUCCGAUACAGAAGCAGAGAAGAAUGAAGCAGUCAAUAGCAACAAUAUUGGUCUACCCAUGGAUUAUGUUACGAAAUCAACUCGACAAUUUCCGCUUUUGUGGCUAUCGGUUUUUGGCAACGCGACCGGUGGUUUAGCUUUGCUGACAUCCAGCAAGCUAAUGUUGACCGAUAUCUGGACCGGUGUGGCUCCCGAUAUUGUUACGGCUUCCUUCGCGACAGCAUAUGUAUCCGCUCUGGGUAUUGGGAUGUCGGUUGGUCGUUUCGGUUGGAGUGCCUUAUCGGACUACCUCGGUCGACGGAACACGUAUGUUGUAUUUGGACUUGGUAUUCCUGUGAUUACCCUGGCUCCAUCUUUGACACAUGCUGCGGUUCACAUGGAUAGCUCUGGAUCCGUACUCCCACUCCUCGGUGCAUUCUGUGGUGGUUCUAUCCUCGCAAUUACUUUCUAUGGAGGCAUAUUUUCAGUAUUGCCAGCCUACAUUGCCGAUUUAUUUGGUCAAAAGCACGCCGGAGCCUUGCACGGAAAGCUUUUGACAGCGUGGGCGUGCAGUGCGGUGGCAGGCCCUAUGGGCCUUGCCUACUUACGCGGUCAAUCAGCCCAAGCCGCCACGCAAGAGCUGAUUCAGCAAGUUGAAGACCCGACGUCGUUUCAGCAGGCUUUUGGUUGCAGUUUGGAGGAUCCCAUGGCAUUGCAAACUUUGAUUGAUGCCAAAACAAUUACGAUUGCGCGCUUGAUGGAACUAGUACCACCCGGGACCAUCGACCCGACACCAUUCUUGUACGACUCGAGUUGUUACGCAGCCGCCUCCCUCAUGGGUAUAAGUUUGCUCUCCAAUCUUUUGAUCAAGCCGUUGGAUAUUCCAUGCACGCUUAAGGAAUUGGAAAUGCAGGGCAUCAAUACGAAGUAA